GGUUGGCCUUAGCUGCGCGGGCCGCGGCGGGGGAGCAGAGCCGGCCUCGAAGAGCGGACUGCGCGCCCUCGGGAGCCAUGGGCUCCUUGUUCAGGAGUGAGGAGGUGGCCCUGGUCCAGCUGUUCCUGCCCACGGCGGCUGCCUACACCUGUGUGAGCCAGCUGGGCGAGCUGGGCCUCGUGGAGUUCAGAGACCUCAAUGCCUCGGUGAGCGCUUUCCAGAGACGCUUUGUGGUUGACGUCCGGCGCUGCGAGGAGCUGGAGAAGACCUUCACCUUCCUUCAGGAGGAAGUGCGCAGGGCCGGACUGGUGCUGCCCCCUGCGGAGGGAAGGCUGCCGGCACCCUCGCCCCCGGACCUGCUGCGCAUCCAGGAGGAGACGGAGCGCCUGGCCCAGGAGCUGCGGGACGUGCGGGGCAACCAGCAGGCCCUGCGAGCCCAGCUGCACCAGCUGCAGCUGCACGCCGCCGUGCUGGGCCAAAGCCACAGCCCCGUGCCGGCAGCGGCUCCCACAGAGGGGCCCUCCUCGGAGAAGACGCCCCUGCUCCCGUCCCCCGGGGGGCCACACCAGGACCUGAGAGUCAACUUCGUGGCAGGAGCCGUGGAGCCCCACAAGGCCGCCGCCCUGGAGCGCCUGCUCUGGAGGGCCUGCCGGGGGUUCCUCAUCGCCAGCUUCCGGGAGACGGAGCAGCAGCUGGAGGACCCCGUGACGGGCGAGCCCGCGGCCUGGAUGACCUUCCUCAUCUCCUACUGGGGCGAGCAGAUCGGCCAGAAGAUCCGCAAGAUCACAGACUGCUUCCACUGCCGCGUCUUCCCGUUUCUGGAGCAGGAGCAGGCCCGGCGUGGUGCUCUACAGCAGCUGCAGCAGCAGAGCCAGGAGCUGCAGGAGGUCCUGGGGGAGACCGAGCGGUUCUUGAGCCAGGUGCUGGGCCGGGUGCAGCGGCUGCUGCCCCCCUGGCAGGUGCAGAUCCACAAGAUGAAGGCCGUGUACCUGAUGCUGAACCAGUGCAGCGUGAGCACCACGCACAAGUGCCUCAUCGCCGAGGUGUGGUGCGCCACGCGCGACCUGCCUGCCCUGCAGCAGGCCCUGCGGGACAGCUCGAGCGAGGAGGGAGUGAGUGCCGUAGCCCACCGCAUCCCCUGCCGGGAGCUGCCCCCCACCCUCAUCCGCACCAACCGCUUCACGGCCAGCUUCCAGGGCAUCGUGGACGCCUACGGCGUGGGCCGCUACCAGGAGGUCAACCCUGCGCCCUACACCAUCAUCACGUUCCCCUUCCUCUUCGCCGUGAUGUUUGGCGAUGUCGGCCACGGUCUGCUCAUGUUCCUCUUCGCCCUGGCCAUGGUGCUCGCCGAGGACCGGCCAGCCAUGAAGGCCUCGCAGAAUGAGAUCUGGCAGACCUUCUUUGGGGGCCGCUACCUGCUGCUGCUCAUGGGCCUGUUCUCCAUCUACACCGGCUUCAUCUACAAUGAGUGCUUCAGCCGGGCCACCACCAUCUUCCCCUCGGGCUGGAGCGUGGCCGCCAUGGCCAACCAGUCAGGCUGGAGUGACCAGUUCCUGUCCCAGAACCCGCUACUCACUUUGAACCCCAAUGUCACCGGCGUCUUCCUGGGGCCCUACCCUUUUGGCAUCGACCCAAUCUGGAGCCUGGCUGCCAACCACCUGAGCUUCCUCAACUCCUUCAAGAUGAAGAUGUCUGUCAUCCUGGGGGUCACCCACAUGGCCUUUGGGGUGUUCCUCGGAAUCUUCAACCAUGUGCACUUCGGCCAGGCUCACCGGCUGCUGCUGGAGACGCUGCCCGAGCUGCUCUUCCUGCUGGGCCUCUUCGGCUACCUCGUCUUCCUGGUCGUCUACAAGUGGCUGCGGGUGACGGCUGCGGAGGCCGCCUCGGCGCCCAGCAUUCUCAUCCACUUCAUCAACAUGUUCCUCUUCUCGCGCAGCCCCACCAACCGGCCGCUCUUCGCGGGGCAGGAAGUGGUGCAGCACGUGCUGGUGGUGUUGGCUUUGGCCGCGGUGCCCGUCCUGCUCCUGGGCACCCCCCUGCACCUGCUACGCCAGCGUCGCCGCCCUUCUCGGAGGAAGUCCGCGGGGCAACAGGGUGAGGACGGGGCGGGGCUUCUGGACUCUCCUGAGGCCUCUACCUCUGAGAACGGCUGGGGCUCUGAUGAGGAGAAGGCGGGGUGCCCGGGGGAAGAAGAGACCGAGUUCGUCCCCUCUGAGGUCUUCAUGCACCAGGCCAUCCACACCAUUGAGUUCUGCCUGGGCUGCAUCUCCAACACCGCCUCCUACCUGCGCCUCUGGGCUCUGAGUCUGGCCCAUGCGCAGCUGUCGGAGGUCCUGUGGGCCAUGGUGAUGCGCGUGGGCCUGGGCAUGGGCGCGCAGGUGGGCGUGGCGGCGGCGGCGCUGGUCCCCGUCUUCGCCGCCUUUGCGGUGCUCACAGUGGCCAUCCUGCUGGUGAUGGAGGGGCUGUCCGCCUUCCUGCACGCGCUGCGCCUGCACUGGGUGGAGUUCCAGAACAAGUUCUACGCGGGCACUGGCUAUAAGCUGAGCCCCUUUUCUUUCUCUGUGGAGGAUGAGUAGCGGCGUCUCAGCCCCUACCGCCCAGGGGCACAAGGAAUAAAGAGCUGGCGGCC